UGACGUCACGAUGACAGAUAACUAACCUACAAAACUGGGUGUAGUUUUCCUAUGUACAAUUAAAAGACGAAAUGGCAAAAAACACGUCAAGUUCAGCGUUUAGAAAGAUCGAUGUCGAUCAGUACAACGAGGAUAAUUUUAAAGAAGAAGAUGCCGACCAAGGGGGGCCCACAGGACCCGAUGAAAGUGAAAUAAUCGGCCUUUUAAGCAAAGGAAAACAUAUUGAUGCUUUAAGAACAGUACUAACAAAUGCUCCAUUGGGGUCAAAAAAUCAAACACUCAGGGAUAAUGCACUAAGUCUUACAUUAAGAGUCCUCCUCGCAAUAAAAACAUCUCAAAUAGAAGAAGCUGUGCAAUCAUUGAACAUAGAAUUAAUAGAUGUUUUAAUGAAAUAUGUUUAUAAAGGUUUUGAGAUGCCUUCGGAAGGAAGUAGUGGACACCUAUUGGUUUGGCAUGAAAAAGCUUAUAAUGUAGGUGGAGUUGGAUGUAUUGUUAGGGUUUUAUCAGAUACGAAACGAGCAUAGUGUUCAAUUAAAUAAAAAUUCACUUUAAGUUUUAAGAGACAACAAAUUCCGAUACAUUUUUUUGUAAAAAAA